AUGCAUAGCGCUAUGCAAAGCACUGUACAGUUGGAUAUAGAUACCGAUGCAGGUGAAGAUAUUCACCACAGUAUUGGAGUUCCUGUUGAAGGAGAAACUGAUGAACAUGAAGAAUCAUUAGCAAAAGAAGAUAUUCCAGAAGUAGUUGGCCCUAAGGAGGGCAUGUCUGACACAGUUGAUGAUAAAAUGUGGUUUAUCAGACCAAAAUCUGAAAAUUUGGAUUCCUUCCUAUUGUUUCAUCCAUGUCAACCAGUUGUCCUUUCUUUUAAUUCAGCAAAGUUAUAUCAGAGGAGGGAUGGAAAGAAGCGUCACUGGUUGACUUAUUCACAUGGACAUGGUGCCUUUUUCUGCAUGGUGUGUCUAGCUUUCAGCAAAAAGACAGACGACAGUGCUUUUAUUGAUGGUUGCUUUGAUGAAAAGCACAUGUACCAGAGAAUUGAAGAGCACAAAAGAAGCAACCUCCACAAUAAUAGCUCUGAAUCGUUUUUGAUGAGGUCAAAGAAUAUGGACAUAUCUAGUCAUAUCUUUGAGAAACAAACAACAGCCAGAAAAGAGGAAGUGAAGAGAAAACAUGCCAUCCUAGAGAGGAUAAUUGAAACCAUAAAGCUGAUUGGAAAAAGAGGCCUAAGCUAUCGGGCAACAGCUGAAGCAGCGUUAGAUAAUGAAAAGUUGGACCAUGGAAAUUUCCUUGAGAUUUUGCUACUCUUAAGCAAGUUUGAUCCCUUGCUGAAAAAUCACCUUGAUACAGUUAUUAAAAAAAGUAAAAAGCAGCAUCAAAGUGCAACAAGUAGCAAAGGACGUGGUGGCUUUGUUACAUUAAUUUCAAAAACUACAGUCAACAAUAUCAUCUGUGUAAUUUCAGCACUUUUGAAAAAAGUAUUGCCCAAGAGAUCAGAGAAGCCGGCAUGUUCUCAAUACAGCUCGAUACAACACAGGAUUUAA